CAUUUGCACAUUUACCAGAGGAGUGAUUUUUACUUGCCUGUCUAUAUAUAACACAGUACAGAGUGAUCGGCUGGUGAAUCAGAUCGUGGAUUGAAAAGUCAUUGCAAGAGACGUCAAAAUCAUCAUAAUUUUAAUGAUUUAUUGAUAGUUGUGUGCACCUCUUGCAUGGAUACGUAACAUAGAUUGAUGUUCUGGACAUGGCUGCUGUUCCAGGUGGAGGGGAUGAAUGGAGGAUAACUGGGGAGGACCGAGCCAAACACGAUUCACAGUUCUUUGCCCUGAAGCCAGUCAAUGGCUUCGUCACAGGUGAACAGGCCAGAAAUUUUUUCUUGCAGUCAGGUCUUCCAACGGCAGUAUUAGGACAAAUAUGGGGUCUAGCAGAUAUGAACAACGAUGGCAAGAUGGACAGAAAGGAGUUUUCCAUAGCCAUGCAUCUCAUCAAGAAGAAACUCCAAGGCUAUGAGCUCCCCAAGGCUCUGCCCCAAUCCAUGAAAGCGGACCCUUCCCCUGUAGUGGGGUCAUUUGGGGCCAUGCCCUCCCAGCCCCAAAUGGUUGGCAUGAUGCCAGGAAUGGGUGUCCACCCUUCAAUGGGAAUGGUAGCACCUGUUGCCAUGACGAUGGGGCAGAGAAUGCCAAUCAUGGCCAAUGGAAUGCCUCAAAUGGUAGCUCCCGCUGGAUUCAUGGGGGGUGUCCCAGUGCCUACAGGAUACACAGGGGGAAUGCCUGUCCGGCCAGCGGUACCUAACCAAGUGUUAUCGCUGGCGAUGCCUCACACCCAGAAGCUGAAGUACACUCAGAUGUUUAACAGUAAUGAUAGGAACAAAAAGGGCAACCUUACAGGAGUUGAGGCCAGAGCCAUACUUGUGCAGACUGGAGUACCCCAACAGAUGCUGGCACAGAUAUGGAACCUGUCAGACGUGAACAAGGAUGGGAUGUUGGACUGCGAGGAGUUCUGUAUCGCUCUUCACCUCUGUGAUGUGGUCAAGACAGGCACCCCCUUGCCCUCCUUCCUCCCCCCUGAGCUCAUCCCUAGCAAGGCCCGGGCAGGCAGCUUUGGCCCCUCCCAGCCUGCAGCCCCACCCCAGCAGAAGGACACAUUUGGCGACCUUGUGGGCAGCAUGGGACUGCCAGCCCCUAUCCAGACCCUGCCUGUGGCCAAUGGAGAGACCAAACAGGAAGAGAUUGAUAUGUCACCAGUGACGUUUGAAGACAAAAGAAAAGAGAAUUUUGACAAGGGGGCAUUGGAGUUGGAGCGGCGUAGACAGCAGCUACAGGAGCAGUUGAGGAGAGAGGAGGAGGCAAGGCUGGCCAAGGAGAGACAGGAGCAGGAGAAGAGGGAGAAACAGAGACAGGAGCAGGAGCGUAAGAAGCAGCAGGAGUUGGAGCGACAGCUGGAGAAGCAGAGAGAGAUUGAACGACAGAGGGAGGAACAGAGGCAGAAAAUGCUUGAACAGCGCGAGGGAGCGCGGCGUGAACUGGAGCGUCAGCGUCAGAUGGAGUGGGAGCGCCAGAGGAAGGAGCAGCUUAUGGCGGAGAAACUGCGCGAGUACGAGCAGCUUAGUGCACUUAAGUCACGCUCCAGUGACCUGCGGUGUGAGCUCGAGUCAUUGCAAGGCAAAAAGACAGAGAUCACUAUGAAGAUAUCCCAGGUGAAGAACGGAGUGGGUGACUUCACGGCCCAUAUCGAGGCUAUGAGGAGCACCAGGGAUCUCAAGAACAAGGACAUAGACAGGCUCAAUAGGGAGAUACAGGAAGUGAAGCAGCGGCUCUCGAGCCUCCAGUCCGAGAGGGAGUCCUCUGACCUACGAAUGCAGACCAGCGGCCAGGCAAACCCCAUGUAUUUAUACAGGGUGGCGGAGACCCAUCGAACCAUGAUGCACAGUGUGGAACUGAAGAAGACGUCCGUACAACGACUGAAGAAAGACCUGCAGCAGCUGGAAAGGGACACUGAGUCCAAACUAGCUGACAUAGAUACACAAAACCAGAAACUGAAGGAGUUCAACUCUAAUCUGUCCAAGCUGCAGGCAGACAUUGGCAAGGUGGAGAGGCAAAAGCAGAACACUGCGGCUGAGCAGGCCGAGAAAGACCGCAUCCAGCGAGAGAAGGACAAACACGAGACCUUGAGGAAAGAGCUUGAAGCUCAAAGACUGCAGGAGGUGAGUGCCAAAUCUAAGAAGCCUGCAGAGGAAAUCAAACCAUCAGCGGCGGCUACUACUAAUGGUGGCUGGUUUGCCUUCGGUAACGACUCUGGCGCCACCACAUCGACCGCCACCAGUGAUAACUGGGCAUCUUUGUUUGACGCCCAGCCCAGUGCACAGGCUGCAACCAAGGGUGGGAGUGGGUGGAGUGCAGCAUUCUCUAGUCAAUCUUCAACUACCACCAUAACUAGUAAUGAUUCACAAGGUUUCAAGUUAUCUGGUGCCAAGAAGAAAUACAAGGCAUUAUACCAGUUUGAUGCUCGCAACAAUGAUGAACUUUCCUUGAUGCCCGGUGAUAUUGUAAUGGUAUUUGAUGACCAGACAGGGGCGGAGCCCGGCUGGAAGGGCGGGGAGAUUGGGGGCAAGUGUGGCUGGUUCCCUGAAGCCUAUGUGGAGAGAGACGAGGAGGGAACUGGUGCAGUGGACUGGGGAACCGCUGGCAUGAGCAACUCCAUAGCAACAUCAGAGGACUCCUCCUUCAUGGCCGUCCCCAGCAGUAAAGUGCCCGCCAUCUCACCUUCUCCAACCCCUGGACAGGGCCAGGCUGCCCCAGACGGCCUUCAAGCACAGGCUCUGUACCCCUGGAAGGCCAAGAAAGAUAACCACCUGACGUUCAACAAGGGGGACAUAAUCAGAGUCCUGGAGCAGCAGGAUAUGUGGUGGUCCGGCGAAGUGCAUGGCAAGACUGGCUGGUUCCCGAAGUCGUAUGUGAAGCUGACAAGUUCCGGUACCCCAACCCUCAAAGUGGACUCACCAGUUUCCAGCACAGUACAGGAAGUCAGUUCUAUUGUGGAGCCAAAACCAGCUAUGGGCAAGCCUGCUGGAGACUUAUAUGAGGGACUGUUUGCGUACCUGUCCAGUGAGCCAGAGGAUUUGACGUUCCAAGCAGGGGAGAUAAUCACGGUUACCAAGAUGGACGGCCAGUGGUGGACAGGAACCAUCGGAAGUCGGUCCGGAAUCUUCCCGGCCAAUUAUGUUAAAAAGCAUGAACAACAGCAAACAGCAACUCAAUCAUCAGCAAACAACUCUGGCUUUGCCACUCAAAAUACCGGACUAUUUGACAAUGCCACACAAAACACUGGACUAUUUGACAACGCCACUCAAAAUACCGGACUAUUUGACAAUGCCACUCAAAAUACCGGACUUUUUGACAAUGCCACACAAAAUGCCGGACUAUUUGACAGUGCGUUUGGAGAUGACCCCUUUAACACGUCUGCUCCCCUGUCCAACACUAAUCAGGAUUUAUUUUCUUCUGAUCCAUUUGCUGACUUUGAGUAUGAUACCACCACUGUACAAAAGUCCCAGAUAGCAGACCCCAGUUUUGAUACACCCCCAAUCAGCAUGGCAAAUGCUUCUAUCCCCAGUGACUCUUUCUCUGAUGAUCCCUUUAAGCAAUCAGGAAAAUUGUUUGAAGAGGGCCUUUUUUCUGAAGAUGCUUUUCAGUCAUUAAACAAUGGUCUGUCUCCAAGCAAUAUUGGCAAAAGUUCUGAGGAUUUAUUCAAAAUGUCAGGUGAUAAUUCAGGUGAAAACUUUGAUGAUGAAUUCAAAGUGUCGGAUGAAAUUAAGGAUAAACAUGAUUUGAUAGAUGACCCCAGCAAGGGUCAAGAUUCACAUGCCAUUAAAAAGGUGACUUUUAGUGAAAAGGAAAUAGAAUUUUCGGAUGACCCAUUUUCAGACAUGGGUCAAGAUUCAGGGAUGAAAGCCGCUGCUUCUGACUCAUUUGCAGCUUUUGGGGACACCCAGAGUUUAGAAUUUGGUCAGAUUAUAGGUGGGACAGAAGCAAACUCUGAUCCAUUUGCAUCAUUUGGUGAUUCACAGACUAGUUCAGGUGUUGACUGGACUUCUGGACUCUCUAAUGAACCAACUUCUGGGUUUUCCAAUGAACCAAACCAGUCUGAAAGCUGGAUCCAGUCUUUGGAACAGGACGCAGACAUGUCCUUGCCAACCAGUCUGUCAGGCCUCACAAGCAUCUCGACCUCUCUUCCUCAAGGUCACGAUAGCUCAAGUCAAACCACAGCAUCGCUCACUAGAAAUUCAGCCUUAGACGAUAUGUCAAUGUUAGACAUAGUAGCAAGUAACCCCAAUAAUAACAAUUCCACUGAUACAGGUCUAAAUGCAUCAUCCCUUAAUCAAAAUUCAGCCUUUGACGAUUUUUCAAUGUUUGACACAAUUUCAAGUAAUGCCGAUGAUAAGAAAUUCACUGAUACUCAAUCAGACAUGGUAGAUGAUAUCAUGCAAAGGUCAGCAGACACUGUGGAUAGUAACUUACAAAGGUCAGGCAGUAAGUCAGACAAAAACCCUUCGCCAAGACCACCAGCAUUGCCAGAGAAAAUGAUAAAAAAGAAUCCCUUGAACAAGUCAGGCCUAGAUCCGAAAGGGGACAUGGCAGACGCAAAGAAUGAUGAUGUGAGAUCAGCCAGCGCUGGGCCAGGAGCCACGAGCUCAGUGUCAGUGGCUUCCACAGCAAGGCCUGCUAGCGCCAUCCCCGGGGCCACAGGCUCCCUCACCAUGGCAACCACUGGGCCAUCCCAGACCGGUACUCUAAAGAAACCAGAAAUUGCCACAGUGAUAGCUGCGUACACAGCCACAGGCCAGGAACAGCUGUCAUUGAGUCCCGGUCAGCUGAUACAGGUCCGCAAGAAGUCCCCAAGUGGCUGGUGGGAGGGAGAACUACAGGCCCGAGGUCAGAAGCGUAAGAUCGGGUGGUUCCCAGCAAAUUAUGUGAAGCUGUUGCAGGGCAGCGCCAGAAACACACCUGUGGAUACACUGGACUCUGGCGGGAAAACCUCCCCAGCUGGUGGUGUGGCUGGGGGUACCAGUGCCACGCCCUCCUCUGCCCCACAGGCUGCAGGCACGCAGGCUGCCAAGGCGUACGUUGACCACGUUAUAGCCCUGUACCCAUACGCUGCCCAGCACCCAGACGAGCUGACAUUCCCCAAAGAUGCUGUGAUAAAUGUCCUUAAGAAGGAUGACCCUGACUGGUGGCAGGGGGAGUAUGGGGGCAGUACCGGAGUCUUCCCUUCCAACUAUGUACAGGCCACUACCCCGGAAUCCACCUCAUGGUCGUCUGACCCCCAGGUGCUGGAGAAGACGUCGUCAGAGGAGAGUAAGAGGCAGAGUUACAUACAUGAGCUGAUCAACACAGAGGAGUCAUACAUGCUGGACAUGUCCAUUGUGUUGGAGGCAUUUUACCGACCACUGCAGGAGGGUGGGGCGCUGACAGAGGACAAUUUGCAGGCCAUUUUUGUCAACUGGAAUGAUCUUAUAUUGUGCAAUACUAAACUGCAAAAAGCACUUCGUGUUCGUAAGAAGAUGUGCGGCGUUGGGCAAGUCAUAAAUAGCAUUGGGGACAUCCUGUGCGAAAAUAUCCCCCAUCUGACACCGUACAUCCGGUUCUGCAGCUGUCAGCUGAACGCAGCCGCUCUCCUCCAGAGACUCACGGAAACCAAUCCAAAAUUUGUAGAAAUCCACAAAAGAUGUGUUCAGAACCCUAAGACAAAGGGUAUGCCUCUGAGUAGCUUCCUCUUGAAGCCGAUGCAGCGCAUAACAAAGUAUCCACUCCUUAUUGACAAGAUCCUGAAGCACACGCCCCAGAGCCACCCUGACCAUGUACACCUACAGGACGCCCUGGAGGCGAGUCAGGAGCUCUGCAGUCAGGUCAACGAGGGCGUGCGGGAGAAGGAAAACUCGGACAGGCUCGAGUGGAUACAGCAGAGAGUGCAUUGUGAUGGACUGCCUGAGAAAAUCACCUUCAAUUCUGUGACCAACUGCCUUGGCCCAAGAAAGCUCCUGCACUCCGGGGUUGUCCACAAGAAGAAGAGCAACAAGGAGCUGGUGUUGUUGUUGUUCAACGACUUCCUCCUGCUGACCACGUCCAACCGACCCAUGAACAACACCACCCACAGUGUGUUUGACCUCACCGGGCAGGUGCAAUACAAAAUGUACAAAACUCCUGUGUUCUUGAACGAGGUGAUGAUUAAAGACCCUCCUUCAGACGACCCAGAAGGGUUCACGAUAUCCCACAUUGACCGGGUGUACACUCUGCGAUGUAACACGCAGUCUGAUCGGGACAACUGGGUGCGCAAACUAAAGACGGCCUCGCUAGACUAUCAUAACACGGAGAAAAAAAAGCGGGAAAAAGCCAUCAGUUCCCCUAAGCAUAACCGUGGUGUUGGUCGUCUGCUUGUUAUUGUGCUUGAAGGGACCAAUUUGGCGGGAAAUGCGGAUGUUCGUCGCCCUGCUGGCAUCGGUCGUCUGCUUGUUGUUAUUGUAGAGGGUAUAGAUCUGCAGUCGAGAGAUGAGAACGGUGUACCAUCAUUGAAAGGAAAAGGAAAAAGUGACCCCUACUGUGAGGUGAGCAUGGGGGCCCAGGAGCACAAGACGAAGGUGAUCCCUCAGACCCUGAACCCUAAAUGGAACGCCUCAAUGCAGUUCAUCAUCCGAGACGUGGACAUGGACUCACUGUGUAUCACAGUGUUCGAUAGGGACCUCUUCUCACCCAAUGAUUUUCUUGGCAGAACAGAGAUCAGGGUGAAGGACAUUCUCCAAGAGACAGGCAAGCAGGGGCGGCGACCAAUCACAAAACACCUUGUACUACAUGAGGUCCCUACAGGGGAAGUAGUAGUGAAACUGGACCUGCAUCUCUUUGAGCAAGUUUAACAGAGAUUUUCACUGGCCAUGACUACGAUUGAGCAGCAUUCUGCUAAAACUAGGCUUAAUGCAUGUGCGUAAAGUGUCGUCCCAGAUUUGCCUGAGCAGUAUGCACAGACUAGUCAAGGACGAUACUUUACGCCUGAACUGGAUAAAAAAAGUUGAAGUGACUUAUUUUAAAUGAACAAUUCCAUAAAAGCAGAAAAUGUCAUCGCUGAUUAGCCUGUGCAGGCUGCACAGGGCAAUCUGGGUUGACACUUUAUGCCCAUGCUGUAAGCCCAGUUUUCCUAAAACGAGGCUCAAUUAUUCUUAUGUUGAAUCUAAGUUUUUGAUGGAUUUUAAAUAUUUAACCAGUUACAAUCAAGGGUUAAAAAUGUGGUAUGUAUUUUACUUGGUCGAUACUUUUAAGUGAAAAGUUGAGUUUGAAAUAAAGAACUUUACUACUUAAAUAAAACCUGAGAUUAUGUUUGGAAAUGUUCAAUGUUUUGACGCUGGCUCUCUUUGCACCACUGUCAUGUGUUCCUAUUUAUUUUGUUCAAAUCAUGGGUGAUUGUACCUGUCUACAUAUACCUCGUUGGCUAAACCAUGACUUGCAGGCUUUAUGUACUUUUUAAUGUGAAGGGUUUUAUGUGACAUGUAAUAAUCCAUGAAAUCAUUUAUCAAAGUGAUUCCUUGUCAAAUGGGUUACAUUUUUUGUUAAAAAAUACUUCUUGUUAGUUAUUAAAAGCUGCAAUAUUGUUUGUCAACUGGAUGUUGUUUUCUUACAUUUUCAGUUACAGUAUUCAAGUUAACUUGUUAUUACAAAUAAAAUCAUACUAUGGUAGUUUUGUAAUGCUUUUGUCUCAAUAACAUUUUUUAUUUGUUUUACAGCCAAGUGUAGUUAAAAUGUAUGCCUAGUUGUUUUCUUAACAUUUGAUAUCAUUGCUAUGCAACAUUCAGUGUGUGUAUAUUAAGAAUAUUAAUAAGAAAUUGUUAUUUACCCUUUGGAUGUUGUGUUUUUGACUUAUUGUUGAUCUACUUGUUUGUUGUGAACCUAUUUAAUAUCAUAGAAGCAAUAUAAUUGACACUUGUUCAGUACAUCUUAGUAAGAAUGAAAUUGUGAAUGAUUGUCUAUCCAUACUGUCUACAGGUCAUAGAAAUGUUUCUUAUUAUUUAAAGAUAUAUGAGCCCCCCCUGGGAUAUCCAGGCUUAAUGCGUGUGCACAAAGUAUCGUCCAAGGCAUGUAGACAGGGGAUGAAACUUUCAGCUUUUAUGGAAUUUUUCUUUUAAAAGAAGUUUCUUCUAAUCCGUAAUAUAGUCAAGGCAGAAAAGGUUGUCCCAGAUUAGACUGUGUAGACUGCACAGGCUAAUAUAGAACGAUACAUUAUGCACAUGCAUUAAGCAUGGUUUUACAAGAGCACAGCUCAUAUGUACAUUUGGUUUCAUAUGUUAGACAUCUUUCUGAUGUUCCACAUGUAGACCAUGUAUUUUACCACUCUAUAUUCAAGAUCAAUUUUGUCUAUUAGAUUCUGAUGCAUUUUGCAUUUAUUCGAAAAAGCAGAAUGUAAUAUACAUAAAAAGCAUUGGUUUUGAGUUAUUACAUUUAUUUGGCAGAAAGGCUUUUGAUAUGUUAUACUUAUCUUGGAGAAUUUAUUUUGAUGUGUUAAUUUAUCUUAAAGCGUAAAUUUGUGUUUGCUAAAUUUAUCUUGCAUUGGCUUUGCCAUGUUACAUUUAUCUUGUAGCAUUGAUUUUGAUAUGUAAAACUUAUGUUGGAGAUUUGAUUUUGAUAUAGUACACUUAUCUUGUAGUAUUGGUUUUGCAAUGGUACAUUUAUCUUAAAGCUUACACUUAUUUUGGAGCAUUUGCUUUUAAGUUUUCAAAAAGUUGAAAAUUCUAGUUAUUAGAUUGGCCUUUGGUGGAUGGGGAGCGUCAAUUAGUGGUUUCAGAUCAACAACUUUAGUUUGCUUUGACCAAUUUUAAUGGAACUUUGGAUCUGGCAAGCGUGCAUGGAGGCCUUGGGAUUGUGCAUGGGGUGUAUCGGGUCAAGGUCAGCUGUUACUGAAAAUAGAAAAAUUUCUAUUGCUCAAUAACUUGAGUUUGAAUAUAACUGAAAUGUAGGGUUAAGGUAGUUCACAUUGAGGCCCAGCAUUGGACUGUUUUAGGGGCAAACUUGUGGUUUCUGGUCAAUAACUUUAGUUUGCAUUGACCAAUCUUGAUGAAACUUAGAAUAUGUUUACCCUUUGCAUGCUGGGAAAUUUGUCGUCUGCUAAAAUGUCGUCUGCUGAAUUUCUAACAUUAGCAUUUUCUUCGAUUAUUUUUCAAAGAAUACUAUCAGAAUAUCAAACAGUUUGGAUCCUGAUGAGACGCCACGUUCUGUGGCGUCUUAUCUGGAUCCAAACUGUUUGCAAAGGCCUUCAAAAUUCGGUUCCACAGUACUGAAAGAGUUAAGCUUGUAAGGAGACCUAGCUUUGGAUUGUAUUUGAGCAUGUCAGGAAAAGGUCAUGGUCACUGUUACUAAAUUUAAAAAAUGCACAUGCGCAAUAACUACAGUUUGAAUGGAGGCUUUGAACUUCAAUUGUGUGUGUUUGUAGCCUACAUUUAGACUCAGCUUUGGAAUGCAUUAUGGGCCAUUGAGGUAAAGGUCAUUAAAUUGUUAACAAAAGUAGAAAAAUGGAAUCCAGACUCUGAGUUUGGAUGGAGGUUUUACUGUGUGCGUGUGUGGAGCUUGCUUAUAUGAAGACCUAUCAUUGCAGUUAAUUUCGGUUUAUCGGGUAAAAGUGAGGGUCACUGUCACUAGAAAUAGAAAAAAACUGUUGCUGCUGAGUUUGUCUAAAGAAAUUGUGCAAAAUGUUGUUUGCAGCUAGAUGUUUAAACAGAAAGUGAUAUUUUUUAAAGGAAUGUUUCACUUAAACUCAAGUUUAAAGUCAGAAAGACCACUGGUGGUUUCAAAAUAAGGUCUCUAAUUACAUAACUAGUUGAAGAAUCUGAUUACAACACAGUCAUUAUUUCCGAAUGUUGUACAAUACAUGAAUAGAUACUACCGGUUAUUCUCUAAGCUAUACAAUUGUAUGAAAAGUUUUCUUUGAUUCCUGUUCAAAUACAGUACAACAGUAUUCAAUGUGUCAGCAAAUGACAAUAUACAUGAUUAAAAAGGUAGUGCUAUUGUACAAGGUUCCUGAAGUGAGCUACCACUCAAGGCUCACUGUGUUUGACUGAUUGCCCUGAGUUUUUUAUAUGUUUUAUUUUCAUUUUAAAUUUAUGUAUUUGUUAUGUUGCCUAGUGCUGUUAAUAUUUUUUAUUUGUAAACAGUCCUUAUUUCAGAAUCUUGCCAAUAAAAUGAUUCUUGUCAAACCUUAAAGCUUAAAGUGUGUGUAUGACAUUUUUAAUUGAAGUAACAAUGUACCUGAGUUUGAUGAAUGGUCUAAAAAUAAUUUUUUGUUUUGAAAAUAUGUUAUAAAUUCAAUUUAAUGGUCAAUUAGAUUUACAUUCUUUAUGUUGUGAUUGUGUUUUCUAGUUAAAAGAAUAUAUCUGUUUAAUCCAUGAAUAAUAUGCACCUAUUAAUAUUCGUGUUUAAAAAAACAUGUUGUUUUGUAUAAGUCAUUUUAUCCCUCUUAUGUACUUCUAGUUACUACUUUUUAAGUAGGUAGUCAAUUAAGUCACAGAAUCUGCAUCAUUUACCCCAUAAUUAUAUAUUUGUUGUCCCCAUCUUAAUAUUACAUUCCUAGUCAUACAUAUGAGCGGGCAUCUGGAAAAACUGGGCUUAAUGCAUGUGGGUAAGGUAUUGUCCCAGAUAAGCCUUUGCAGUCCUGCUUUUUAAGUGGGAGAGAUUUUCUUUGAACAAAAAAAAUCCAUAAAAGCAGAAAGUGCUGAUUUCACAUGCUAGCAUGCAACAAUACUGUAAACACAAGCAUCAAGCCAGGUUUAACCUGAGGCCAGCUUAUUUUGUACAUAUCCUACAUAUAAUUCUGUCUUGCAUUGAAUGUCUCUGGGGUGUGGAGUGCUGGGUGAGCAAUAAUCGCAAUGCAUACCUUUGGUAAAACUUAGAGGAACUUUCUGAAAUUCUUUAAAUACAUUUAGUCUUUGGCAAUUGUGUGUGCAGAUAUUUCAAAUUAAAAUGUGUAAAACAA